UUCCACUAGUUAUUACUCCCUCCAUCGUGUUAGGGUUUGCAGCUCAACCCCGAAUUCAUCGUCUUCACAAAUCGUUUACUCUACGAUUUCUUUUCGGAACAGUCUCCAAAUCAAAAGUCAUCGGCAUCUGUCUUGCGAUUCGGUAACAGGGGUUGUGCCUGAAACUUCCAAGUGAUGCUGGGAAAAUGCGCAAGGGCUUUGAGUCAUGUUCAACUAUGAUAUGAAUAACACAGUAACCCCCCACCUGAUGGAAGUGGCAAAUAGUUUUAAGACUUGAAUUUAAGUGUAACUACUUUCUGUACAUACAAACUUACGCAGAAGUACAAUUGAUACAAUUUCAGAUUGAUAAAUGAAGCAUAUUGUAAAGAUUUUGACUAUGAUAAUGGCCAUUACUGCUUUAUGGGCUGGCCUUCUACAAGUUUCUAUGAUUCCACGCAGUCAUACUUGGUUGCUACCGAUCUAUUUUGUUGUGUCUUUAGGGUGUUAUGGUCUAUUAAUGGUUGGAGUUGGUCUGAUGAAUUUUCCUACAUGUCCUCAAGAAGCCCUCUUGUUGCAGAAGGACAUUGUAGAGGCCAAGGAAUACCUGAUGCAAAGAGGAGUUAAUGUCAGUACCAUUUGAGGUGGUCUGUAGAUCUUCCAGGGGUGAGAAGGGUUUUUGGCCUUUUACAUUGUACACAAAACACGAGUGUGAGCUGCUUUGGAUUUCGACUAAUGAGAUUUACUUUUUCUACUUCGAUCAA